AUGUCAUAUCACGAGCUCUUGAACGUUAUCGAGUCUAUCGAGGAUGGAUUAUUCGAUUCUCUCAUUGAAUCUCUCAACUCCUUACCGAAUUCCAACACCGAAAAGUGGUGGGAAACGUUGGCCGGAAAAGUGGCUGAUUGCCAGACCGAGUGGAACAAGUGGUACGCCGCGUACCUGGAAUGUGAACGGUUUCUCCAAAAUGAAAACCAAUGGAAGGGCAACGGGCAAUACAGUUAUGUGUUCCUCACUCAGACUGUCACCGAGCUUUGCACUGCUUUGGAAGCACUGGCUCGCUGGACUAAGAAACUCACCACAGUUUCUAAGUUCUUGGCUGAAGGGAGAGAUGUGGAGAUUAUAGACCAAGACCAGACCUCCACUACAGUCACCAAGACAAUCAAAGACGCUCGGGUGGAAGCGGUCAAGAGAAUCUUUACAGUUGCGUGCCGACUUCUGGAUUGUCAACGCUUCAAGGACCUCAUGAAAGGCGAGGAGGCAAAGACACAGAAGCAACUGGAGGAAGUCGAAAGCCGCACCACCGCCGCCGUAGUAGAGGAGAUGCACAGUGCUUUCUAUCUGGAUGUCCUCGGGGCAGAUCUCGGAAUCACCAAUCCCGAAGCGAUGGAGAGGUAUUUGCGAGCACUCCUCCCGCAGUCCUUUGCUUAUAGGCCAUAA